CUCAAAAUAAGAAGAGUUAAAACGACGCUACCACCCACACGCAAAAGAAAAUCAUCCCUAAUUAAAAAUGAAGCUUGUGUUGGUCAGCACUCUACUGCUGAUUGGUGUAGUCUUAGCAGUACAAGACUCCGUUGAAGUUUCUACGCCAAAGCCAGAAAUCAAUGGGCAGUCCGUUGGGGAUACCGAACAAAAGCCAAUUGAUUUGGGAAACAUACAACGAAAUCCGUUUGGCAUUGUAUAUCCAAAUCCAACAUUACCGCUAUUUCCCCUAAAACCGCAGUCUAAUCUCCGGGCCUGCGAUGCGCCCAACGGCCUAGGCAUUCACAAUCUCUUCAAGCAGGCCAAGGCGCUGUUGCCACUCGAGCGCAUACGAAACAUCGUGCGUGCCGCCGCUAAAGAUCCGGAAGUGCAAGCUUUCUAUAAGCUGGUCCAGACGCCCGAAUAUCGUCAGCGCUCCACAAAUUUGACUAGGUCGCGCGAGUAUAGGGCUUUUCGUAGUUUUACUUGCUACAAAAUGAAUUGCGAUCUGCGUUUAUAUAAUGAUUUUAAAAGCAAUUUACUUCCGUUGUCGGCUUUGAAGGAGUCUCCGUCAAUUAACACUGUGCUGCCUCAAGGUCGACCAGGUCUGCGUGGGCUACUGGAGGACAUACGCGACGUAUUGCCGCGUCAGCAAUUGCGCAACUUAUUCGAGCGUUUAUUGGCUACCGAUUGGUAUCUAAUACGGACUGUGCAAGUAGCGCUCGGCUACGAAUUUGCAGCAAUCUUUAAGCUGGUGCAGCAACAUCCAGAUAGUCAGUAUUUGAGGCGUGUCCAGCAGAAGGUGGGCUGGCCGCAGAAGGAGUUGAAGAAGUUGGUCUACAUUGCGUUGGGUUGGCGUGAAAAUGCCAUAAGCUCGGUGGAUAAUUUAUUCACAUACCUUUGAGGGGCGAGUGGAGGCAUUUUGUAGAAAGUUCUUUCGAAAUGUAUUAGGAAGAAAAAGGAAAACUUUGCGAGGUCCCGUGUGUGCGAGGAGCGCGAAAAAGUUACACACAUAAAUACAUAUUAAUAGGGAUUUGGUGUUAAAUAUUUAUAAGAAGUGUUGUGGCUCAACUGUUUUACGAUUCAUUCACAUAAAUAAAAUACUUAAAAUUUGUACGAAAAUAACCAUCGGUUAAGAUGUUUUAUAUUUAGCAAAU